AUGUCGCCAACAGAGGCUGCACAAGUUGAGGGAGCAAACAAUGAGGAGAAUAUGCUCAAAAGGAAUUCAGAUGAUAUUGGAUGGGAGUAUGGUGUUCUUGUUUAUCCUGACAACAAGGACAAGGUGAGGUGCAAGUUCUGUAAGGAGAUGAGUGGAGGGAUUCAUAGGUUGAAGGAGCAUGUGGGUCACGAUGGCAAGAAUGUGAAGAAAUACAUGGUUAGAACACCGGAGGCUCUAGAGGCUAAAGAGAAAUGCAAGAAAGCACUAGAAGAGGCAAAAAGGAAGAGGGAGGAGAAAACUAUUCGUGAGUUAGAACUUAGACAGGAAGUUGAUGUAUCUAGAGUUGGACGGUCAGAGGAAGUCACCUGUAUUGGGAGUUCUGCUUCAGAGCCUCACAAGUUAGGUCCCAUUGACAAAUGGACUCGGGCUAUUGAUCCUAAAGCUACCCAGGCUGAAUCUUUGAAGCAACAGCAACUGAACAAGGAACUUUGGAAACAAAGAACAAAUGAGGUGCAUAAGUAUAUUGCAAGAUGGGCCUAUACACAUGGCAUUUCUUUCGAUGCAUGUGACAAUGAUGAGUUCAAGCAAAUGUGUGGAGCAACGGGGCAGUUUGGUCCAGGACUUGUACCUCCAAGUCAUGAUUUACUGAGAGACAAAUUGUUGGAAGAAGAAUAUGAAAGAAUGAAGAGUUUGCUGCAGGAACGUGAAGCCGAGAAGAUGAAAAAUGGGUGCUCCAUUAUGACCGAUGCUUGGUCAGAUAGGAAGAGAAGAAGCAUUAUGAAUGUGUGCACUAACUGUGCUGAUGGAACCACCUUCCUCAGCUCAAAUGAGAUGUCAGGUGUGUCACACACAAGUGAAGUAAUCUUUGAACUAGUGGAUAAAGCAAUUGAAGACAUUGGUCCAGAAAUUGUGGUGCAAGUGGUGACUGACAAUGCCUCUAACAACAUGGGAGCAAAGAAGCUAUUGGAAGAGAAGAGACCACAUAUUUUUUGGACCUCUUGUGCAGCUCACACAAUCAACUUGAUGCUGCAAGGAAUUGGCAAUAUGGCUCGGUUCAGGAAAGUGAUUGACCAAGCAAAGUCAUUUACCAUAUUUGUCUAUGGCCACACAAGAACAUUGGAGUGCCUGAGACACUUCACAGAGGGGAAAGAGGUAGUGAGGCCUGGAGUAACAAGAAUAGAGAAGGACCAUUUAAUAAGAAGCUUGCAAGGACUUUUGAGAGUUUUGGCUACAAUCCAGGUAGAGCGUCAUGGUGGCGGCUGUAUGGAACAGAGGUUCUGCUUUACAGAAGAUGGCUACAAGGAUCCUGUCUUUGACAUCAAGUUCUUCGGGCUGUGA